UGAUCUCAACCAGGUGCCUGUUCCCGUCAUGCUGCUGCCCGAUGACUUCAAAGCCAACACUAAGAUCAAAGUCAACAACCACCUCUUCAACAAGGAAAACCUCCCAGGACAUUUCAAGUUCAAAGAAUACUGCCCUCAGGUCUUUCGAAAUCUAAGGGAACGGUUUGGUAUUGAGGAUCUGGACUAUCAGGUGUCACUGACUCGCAGCCCACCUUUCAGCGUUGAUGAUCAGGGAGAAGGCCUGCUCCUUAACUCUUACGACCGGACGCUGGUGGUUAAGCAGAUCUCCAGCGAGGAUGUGGCAGACAUGCACAACAUCCUGUCAGAGUAUCACCAGCACAUAGUGAAGUGUCACGGGAACACGCUGCUGCCACAGUUCCUGGGUAUGUACCGCGUCACCGUGGACAGCGAGGAGACCUACCUGAUGGUCAUGAGGAACAUGUUCAGCCACAGACUGGUGGUGCACAGGAAGUACGACCUCAAGGGCUCUCUGGUGGAUCGGGAAGCAAGCGACAAAGAAAGGCCUGGUAAAAUAACCCAGAUUGUUCUCUGCCUUUUAAUCUCAGGAGCCCCUCAGAGGGAGGUCUACUUCAUGGGCCUGAUUGACGUGCUCACGCAGUACGACACCAAGAAGAAAGCCGCUCAUGCAGCAAAAACUGUCAAACACGGGGCUGGUGCUGAAAUCUCCACAGUCCACCCCGAGCAAUACGCCAAAAGGUUUCGUGAUUUCAUCUCAAACAUAUUUGCGUAACACUGCCACAGGUCGAUCCAAUUGAGAGCUAAAAGUCUUCUACUAUAGACUAAAAGUAGUAUGCACACACACAGGUCAUUCUUUAGAGUUGAUGAUCUGAGGCAAGACUUAAGUUGUAGCAAUAUAAUAUACUACUUCUGAUGCAUAUAUUUAUUUUUAAGAUGUAUUUCUGUAGAUGUUAACACUUAAUGAAUUAACUCUGGAGCAAUAGGGUACCUGCUGUUGAUCAGUGUUGAAAGUGUUAAACUGCAUCUGUGUAAGUUCAGAUAUUAUGUCUCUUUCCUCGGCUUUACUUUGGUUUUCCAGCUGUGAACUUAACUUAGAUUGAUUCAACUUUUGCUUUUGCAGAGGAUUAGAUGAGAACACUAAUUUCAUGUGUGAAAUAAA